AUUUGGAAAUGUGAUCAGUUUACAGUAAGACUUCUGGCAGAAAAUGUGCAAGUUUUACCGAUUGAUAAGUACAUUACUGGUUGUCGUGGUUAUCGCACCGCGGCACCAAUGUAGUCCAUUCUUUUUCCAAUACAAUCGUCCAUACCUAUCGCAACCGUCCACCAGUCAAUUGGCAUCAACAGCUGCUAAUGUCGCACAGCGAUCAAAUGUAACAGUAGCAUUGGGAAAUCGCAUCAACACGGAUACCGCUUUAGAUGACUACGGUACCAGAGUGGACGGUGUGACGAUAAACGUAGAUCGACGACGGAAGCGGCGUGAUAUUUGGGGCCUAUCCUCAAUUCUUGGCCCGAACGCACCGAACGGAUCCUACAUCGCUAUCAACAACCAAGUCUUCCCAUUGCCAGAAAGUCUAUCCAAUGUCUCGCUAAACAUUGCACCUGUGCCAUCUUCUGGACAUAUUGUAAACAUUUCACAAUUUACGUCCGAUUCGUUCAUGCCAGCAAUAUCGGACAAUUACACUACCGCAUUCCAGUCGCUAAUGAAUGACUUUCAGACACUUCCACUCGAUACUAUGGACAGCAUCGUUAAACUACUGGCCACCGGAUAUCAGAACACUUUUGGUCAACUCUUUCUUGAAGAAAGUUUCCAACGGCUCAAUCAAACACUCGACUACGGGCGUGAGGUAGUUCGGAACGGGCUCAGCAAUCUGGCCGACCAAGCCGGUCAGGGGUUUGAACGAAUCAUCACACGCUUCAACAGCUCAACCGGAGCUGUUAGGCAGUGUGUCGGGGAUAAUCUGAACCCAACGAACGUUGCCAGAUCUGUUGUGGACCGAGGCUACAAUUGCAUCAAUCGAAAAUGGCAACAGUUGACGGAACUGGCUGGAAACAUCGGUGAGGAUAUAGUUGCUGCGGAUAAAGGUGCCGCGGAGUUUCUUGCAAAUUUAACCACCUGCAAUGGGGCAGCCAACUUCAGCUCAUCGGUGUCGACAUCGGAACGAAACACCUUGCGCCGUCAGUGUUAUGUGCGUGUUAUCACCUCCUUUCCGCAACCGUUGCUAUUUCUGCCCGUCUCACUCGCCAUCGAUGGUGCCAAGCUGUACGCUUCCGUUUCCGGACUGGAAGUAGAUAUCGGAGCCUGUGCGGCCGAGGUUGCCCUUGCGAUCGGCAUGACGACGGCACAGAUUGGAACAAAGGUUGCGCUUUGUCAAGUAUUUGGUUCGUAGGUUAGAAACGGCUCUACAAGUGCAUGAUGAAAUUGCAUAAUAUUGUAUGUCACAAGUCAUACAGCUAAAGUAACUGCUCGUAAACCUACGACAGCAACAUCCAUAAUUGAAAGCGAUUCAAGAUACUGAUUGGUUAUUUUUGCCAUUUUCGAGACACUACUUACCCAGCCUGAGUUCUCCGAAGUUGCCACAGCCGAUCUUUUUGCCGACGCGGAAGUUGGGGCCCACCAUCAGGACACCGGAGGACGAACUGACGGAAUGGCGUGCCGAGUACAUACUGCUGCCGCCUCGUGCACCACCGCCCCCGCCUCCACCGCCACCUCCUCCACCUCCUCCGGCGGCUGUGUUUGAUGCACCGGCACCGGGAACACCGCUGUUACAAAUAGAAAAGAAAGGCAAAACCAAUAGAAAGUUAGUAUACGUGAAUGGAUCAAAAAUACGCUCUGCAAUAAUACCAUAUGUCAGUAUUGUAACAAUUCUUGAGUUUCUGAAAGUACUAUUGACGUUACCUUUGACUGUAACAACAAAUUUCACACCAUAAAACUAAAACUUAAUAAAUUGAUUUAUCCAAUAUGAAAUAGCAUUUAAAGCUACGGCAAUUAUCGCCGUCGUGAUAAAAUGUGUAGCUAGUAGCUUCAAAGCUGUGCUAAUAACAAACAUGAACCACAUUACAGUUGAA